AUGGCUCCAGAUUUAACAAAUGAUGAUGAUACUGAACGCAAGGAUAACAAUUCAGAAAGAAACUUAAGAGUAACUAAUUCAAUAAAAGAAUCUUAUUCAUACCAAGCAUUGAAUCCACAUUUAUGGUUUCGAGAUCCAUCAAAUGAAAAUGAUGAUUUAACUCAACUACAAGAUCAAAGAAUUGCUCAAAUUCAUUAUACAUUUGCUUUAAAAGAUUAUGAAAAUUGUUUUAAAAUUUGUUUACAACAAUUAGAAAGUGAAGAUAAAAAUAACAAAAAGGCUUAUUUAUUUGAUACUUUAUUGAUCUGUUGUUCAUACUUAACUGGGAUUGAUGAUUCGAAAGUUUUGGAAUUGAUUGAAUUGAGUAAAGAACAUUGGAGGAAUGUACCUUCUGUUGGUCUGAGAGCUGCGACGCUAUUGUUGAAAUUCAAAGAUGAAGAAGGUGCUCUCCUAGCAACAGUUCCAGCUAUACUUCAUUGUGGGGAUUUAAGAAUUCGAAAUAUAAUCUUCAAAGCUCUUUCUCAAACUUCUCAAGUGAACCAAAUCAUUCAAAGUUUUAUUGAUAAAUUAAUCGAAGAGAGAUCAACACCGAGAUUGAUUGCUAAUCGAUUAAGAAUACUUGAUUUAAACAAUUUCGAAUCUGAAGUGACUUGGGAUGAUAUUCUUCAUGCUUUGGUGUCUUUGAGUCAUUGA